GCUCAGUCGGCAACGCGGCGUGCUGGCGUGCGAGGCUCGUUCUCGCGAGAGUUCGGCGCCUCUCGCGGCUGUGUGGCAGCCGCAGCGAGCGCAGGACCAACAUGGACGCCCUCGGGGACUACGUUUGGCCGCGGGCAACCUCGGAGCUCAUACUCCUCCCGGUCACGGGUCUGGAGUGCGUGGGGGACCGGCUGUUGGCGGGUGAGGGGCCUGAUGUGCUGGUGUACAGCUUGGACUUUGCUGGGCAUCUGCGGAUGAUGACGCGAGUGCAGAACCUGCUUGGCCACUAUCUUAUCCAUGGGUUUCGGGUGCGGCCAGAGCCCAGCGGAGACAUGGACUCAGAGGCCAUGGUGGCUGUGUUUGGGAGCAAGGGACUCCGGGUUGUGAAAAUGAGCUGGGGAGAGAGCCGCUUCCGGGAGCUGUGGCGCUCUGGCCUGUGGAACAUGUCUGACUGGAUCUGGGAUGUACGCUGGCUUGAGGGCAACGUGGCCUUGGCCCUGGGCCACAACUCCGUGGUGCUGUAUGACCCUGUGAUAGGGUGCCUGUUGCAGGAGGUGCCCUGCACUGACAGGUGCACCCUCUCCUCAGCCUGCCUGAUUGGAGACACCUGGAAGGAGCUGACCAUCGUGGCGGGGGCUGUUUCCAACCAGCUCCUGGUCUGGUACCCAGCAGCUGCUUUGAUGGCUAACAAGCCUGUGGCACCUGACCGACGAGUCAGUGGGCACGUGGGUGUCAUCUUCAGCAUGUCCUACCUGCAGAGCAAGGGCUUGCUGGCCACCGCUUCAGAAGACCGAAGUGUCCGUCUCUGGAAGGUGGGCGACCUGCGGGUGCCUGGGGGCCGGGUGCAGAACAUUGGGCACUGCUUUGGGCACAGCGCCCGUGUGUGGCAGGUCAAGCUCCUAGAGAAUUACCUUAUCAGUGCAGGAGAGGACUGUGUCUGCUUGGUGUGGAGCCACGAAGGGGAGAUCCUCCAGGCCUUUCGGGGCCACCAGGGCCGUGGCAUCCGGGCCAUAGCUGCCCAUGAGAGGCAGGCCUGGGUGAUCACAGGGGGUGAUGACUCAGGCAUUCGGCUCUGGCACCUGGUAGGGCGUGGGAACUCAGGCCUGGGGGUAUCAGCUCUUGGCUUCAAGUCCCGUAGCAGGCCUGGUACCCUCAAGGCUGUGACACUGGCUGGCUCUUGGCGACUUUUGGCAGUGACUGAUACAGGGACUCUGUACCUCUACGACUUUGAGGUCAAGUGCUGGGAACAGCUGCUGGAAGAUAAGCACUUCCAGUCCUACUGCCUGCUGGAAGCAGCUCCUGGCCCCGAGGGCUUUGGGCUGUGCGCCAUGGCGAGUGGAGAGGGUCGCAUCAAAGUUGUCCCCAUCAACACCCCGGCCGCGGCCGUGGACCGGGUCCUGUUUCCUGGGAAGGUGCACAGCUUGAGCUGGGCCCUGCGAGGCUACGAGGAGCUCCUGCUGCUGGCCUCGGGCCCUGGCGGGGCGGUGGCCUGCCUGGAGAUCUCGGCUGCGCCCUCCGGCAAGGCCAUUUUUGUCCAGGAACGUUGUCGGUACCUGCUGCCCCCGAGCAAGCAGAGAUGGCAUACGUGCAGUGCCUUCCUCCCCCCUGGUGACUUCCUGGUUUGUGGGGACCGCCGGGGCUCUGUGCUACUGUUCCCUUCCAGACCAGGUCCGCUCAAGGAACUUGGAGCUGGGGGCAAGGCUGGGGCACCUGGAACAGGUGAUGGCAGUGACGGGGGCAAGUGUGACGUGGUGGCCGGGUGGGGCCCUGUGUCCACCCUGCAUUCUUUGCAUGGAAAGCAGGGUGUGACCUCAGUCACCUGCCAUGGUGGCUACGUGUACACCACAGGGCGCGAUGGCGCCUACUACCAGCUCCUUGUGCGAGGUGGCCAGCUCCAGCCAGUCCUAAGGCAGAAGUCGUGUCGAGGCAUGAACUGGGUGGCUGGGCUCCGCAUGGUACCCGACGGCAGCAUGGUCAUCCUGGGUUUCCACGCCAAUGAGUUUGUGGUGUGGAGCCCCCGCUCACACGAGAAGCUGCACAUCGUCAACUGUGGCGGAGGGCACCGCUCCUGGGCCUUCUCGGACACUGAGGCGGCUAUGGCCUUCGCCUACCUCAAGGACGGGGAUGUGAUGCUGUACCGGGCUCUCGGCGGCUGCACGCGGCCACACGUGAUUCUCCGAGAGGGUCUGCACGGCCGUGAGAUCACUUGCGUGAAGCGUGUGGGCGCCAUCACCCUGGGGCCUGAAUUCGAGGUGCCCAGCUUCAUGCAGCCGGACUUCCUGGAGCCUGGCAGUGAGGGCCCUGGCCUGAUCGACAUCGUGGUCACGUGCAGCGAGGACACCACCGUCUGCGUCCUGGCACUGCCCACAGCCACAGGCUCGGCCCACGCACUCACGGCCGUUUGUAACCACAUCUCCUCUGUGCGCGCUGUGGCCGUGUGGGAUGUCGGCACUCCUGGGGGCCCUCAGGAUCCUCGGCCAGGCCUGACUGCCCGCGUGGUCUCCGCUGGGGGGCGAGCCGAGAUGCACUGCUUCAGCAUCACGGUCGCUCCAGACCCAAGCACCCCAAGUGGCCUUGCCUGCCAUGUCAUGCACCUUUCAUCCCACCGGCUAGAUGAGUACUGGGACCGGCAGCGCAAUCGGCAUCGCAUGGUCAAAGUGGACCCGGAGACCAGGUAUAUGUCCCUUGCUGUGUGUGAACUUGAUCGGCCUGGCGUUGGCCCCCUUGUGGCUGCAGCCUGUAGUGACGGGGCUGUGAGGUUCUUUGUCUUGCAGGACUCUGGGCGGCUUCUACAGCUCCUGGCUGAAACCUUCCAUCACAAACGGUGUGUCCUCAAGGUGCACUCCUUUAUACACGAGGCCCCCAACCAGCGGCGGAGGCUGCUUGUGUGCAGUGCAGCCACAGACGGCAGCCUGGCCUUCUGGGAUCUUACCACUGUGCUGGACCCCGGCUCCCCUGCCCUGGAGCCUCCCCUGGAACCUGGGCUUCCCCACCGGCUGGGCACCCCCUGCCUCACUGUGCAGGCCCACAGCUGUGGUGUCAACAGCCUGGACACCCUGCCCACACGUGAGGGCUGCCACCUUGUGGCCAGCGGCAGUGAGGAUGGCUCCCUGCACGUGCUCCUGCUUGCUGUGGAGAUGCCAGAGGUGGAAGAGGCUGCUGGGGGUGCCGAGGGAGCGCCCCAGCUGCACGUGCUAGAGGAGUACUCGGUCCCCUGUGCGCACGCUGCUCACGUGACAGGCCUCAAGAUUCUAAGCCCAAGCCUCAUGGUCUCAGCCUCCAUCGACCAGCGGCUCACCUUCUGGCGGCUGGGGCACGGCGAGCCUACCUUCAUGAACAGCAGCGUCUACCACGUGCCGGAUGUGGCGGACAUGGACUGCUGGCCUGUGAGCCCUGAGUUUGGCCACCGCUGUGCCCUUGGGGGCCAGGGGCUUGAGGUUUACAACUGGUAUGACUGAGGG